AUGGCUUUCUCACAGGCAUCAGACCAUCGACUGUGUUCAGAUCCUUUCUCUGCACUCCCGCCCGAGAUCAACUGUCAAAUACUAAAGCGCCUUUCCCUCCACGACAUGCAAUCUGCCAUCGCGAGCUCGCCCAUGCUGUCGAGGACCUUGACCAGCAAUCGCCAGUAUUUUCUCGAGCCACACUUGCGAGAGCUCCAGCUUAGCUAUGGUGACAUCUCACUGUUUCACAUCGCAGCGGCGGCUAUGCACCUCCGUGAGCUGCAUUCUAAGCACGACGGAGAUACCAUCCCAGUCCUAGAAAAGAACAUCAAGCCUGUUCUGGACUCCAUCUUACGAUUCAACGCCAAGACGACAGUGGAAAGAGGCGACAUUAGCCUUUACAUGAUCAUCGCAGCCCAAGACCUCUUGCCCGAGAUCAUCGAUGCUUUCAAAAUUGGCCUUGAAGCUAAAUUUCAGUAUCGGAGCCCAGACUCGCUAUGGCCGGCCAAGGCACCCCUGGGCUUGAGGGCAGCAUUCAGCGACGGGUUUCUAAGAUUCGAUUGCUACCGCAGCAUAUUCUAUCACAAAGACCAAGGCCUUUUUCAGGAACAGGUUACGAUGACGGACGUCUUCUGGAAUUUCUGGGACAUACUCCAUCACAAAUAUCAAGGCCUUUUUCAGAAACGUGCUUGUAUCAAGGAUGCCUUCUUGAAUUCGUUUCCCCCGUUUCCAAAAUUCGAUGAUGAGAUUCUGCGGAUGUACCCCUAUAUGAUUCUGGGCAAAAUUCAUGACCGAUAUUCAGACAUCAUGAGUGAGCUCGACAGUAGGUAUCCUCGCCGUACUAAAGGCGUUGUCUGGCCAAAGGGGGCGUGGAAGGAGUAUCUUGCAGAAACGGCCAUGAUUAAUUUUCGGAAUCGUAGUCCGGACCAGGACCACUACUUCAUGCAUCGUCUUUUAAUGCAAGGCUAUCCCAAACUUGUGUUCUUUGAGCAACUCUCCCCUGAGACGCUUUUGAAAACUAUGGAGGAGGAGUUUGAAGAACUCGUUGUGUCGAACCUACGGAGAUGUGAAGCAUGGGCAGCCUACAAAAGGCUUUAUUAUCACAAGUUUUAUCGGCAUUUCACUCUUUGGGGCUAUAAAACGCAGUAG